UACUAUGACGACGAGGACAAAUACUUCUCAGAGUAUGGACCCAGGGUCAUGGUGGUCAUUACUAAGAGCGUAGAGUACUGGAAUGAGACUGUUCGUCACAGCAUUGAGAACUGCACACAGAAAUUAGAGGACAAUUCUUACGUAGAUAAGAACCUCUCAGAGUCAUGGCUGAGAGCAUAUAUAGAGCUUGCCAGAAAUAGUUCGAUAAAUAUAAACAAUAAGGCUGUCUUCAUUGACAACCUAUCUACACUCUUCAGCGUUGCUCCCACUUUUGCGUGGGACAUAAACAAGACUCAGGAUGAAAUAAAAGCUUCACGUGUCUUCAUCCAGACGGUGAACGUGACCUCAGCCAUUGAUGAGAAGAACCUUCUCAAUCAGUUACGAGAGGCAGCCAAGCAGUGCCAUGUUCCAUUAAUGGUGUACCACCCGGCGUUCAUCUACUACGAUCAGUACCUGGUCAUAGUGCAGAACACCAUUCAGAACAUUAUCGUGGCUGCCGGGGCAAUGCUCGUCGUCUCCCUUUUGCUGAUUCCCAACCCCUUGUGUUGCUUGUGGGUGACUUUCGCUAUAGCGUCUGUUAUAGUCGGUGUUGCCGGUUUCAUGACGUUUUGGAAUGUCAAUCUGGAUUCCAUAUCCAUGAUCAACCUGGUCAUUUGUAUAGGGUUUUCAGUAGAUUUUUCUGCUCACAUUUCCUAUGCCUUUGUUACGAGUGAAGAGUCGUCAGCCAAUAAAAGGGCAGUCGAAGCUCUGUCCCUGCUGGGUUACCCAGUCUUACAAGGUGCAAUUUCUACUAUAUUAGGAGUAGUUGUCCUGGCCGCAGCAAAAGCCUACAUCUUUAGGACAUUUUUCAAGAUUAUGUUCCUUGUUAUUUUGUUUGGGGCUCUUCACGGUCUUGUUUUCAUUCCGGUGUUUUUAACCUUUUUUGGCAACUUUGGCAGAUCACCUCACGAUACCAAAUCCCAAAACCUAGAUCUUAGGCUUAAAAAAGAUAAGGAUUGUCCGUGA